UUUCGUUCAAGACGUCAGUUUGGGAUUUUCCGAUCAAUUUAAACACAGGUUGUUGACACAAAUGCAAUGAUCCAUGUACAACUUUCCAAGUUUCUUUUUUAUUGUUUGUUCCACAUACUACUCAGUUAAAUUGUACAGAAGGUCAACGACUUAUAAGUACUUAGCCUGGUUUUGGUUGUAAGCAGACAACGCCUCUGCUGCUACCGAGUACCGAUAGUCUUUGCUUCGUAACAAGAGUGUUGAAUCUUGUAGUUGUAGCGCUUUAAGAACAUUUGAGUAGAAGUACGGGUGUGUAUUGAUUGCAUUGUGAGAAGUUUUAGAAGUAUUUUCGUAGGAUACGUUUGUUGCGUUGAAACUGGAUUAGCUUACUGCCGGAACGUCUUUUGGGCCGAAAAGUAAACAAUGUCCAAGAAACCGAGUCAGCAACCAGCUCUCCAUAAAGUUAUUAUGGUAGGGAGUGGAGGUGUCGGCAAAUCAGCCUUGACACUACAGUUUAUGUAUGACGAGUUCGUUGAGGAUUAUGAGCCGACGAAGGCAGAUUCAUAUCGAAAGAAAGUUGUUUUAGACGGUGAAGAAGUCCAGAUUGAUAUCUUAGAUACUGCUGGCCAAGAAGACUAUGCUGCGAUAAGAGAUAAUUAUUUCCGUAGUGGAGAAGGAUUUCUUUGUGUGUUCUCCAUCACAGAGGACGACAGUUUCCAGGCUACACAAGAAUUUAGGGAACAAAUACUUCGUGUGAAAAACGAUGAAAAUAUCCCUUUUCUUCUUGUUGGCAAUAAAAGUGAUUUAGAUGAGAAGAGAAAAGUCUCAUUAGCAGAUGCAACGGCUAGAGCACAGCAGUGGGGUGUCCCAUAUGUGGAGACUUCAGCAAAAACACGUGAAAAUGUCGACAAAGUAUUUUUCGACCUGAUGCGAGAAAUCCGAUCUCGGAAGAUGGAGGAUAAUAAGACAAACAAUGGGCGAGGGAAAGACAAAAACAAGAGGAAGAAGCUCAAAUGUGUAAUUCUUUAGGUAUUCUAUGACUUGAUGAGAGAGAUUGCAAAGCAGAAAGCAGCUGACGGUAAUACUGAAAGGAAGGAAGAAAAUGGUGCAAAGUCAUGUUGUGUGAUUUUGUAAAUGUAAGACAUAUUGCUGUAAAUAUAGGCUUCGGAGUGCUGUUACGUGGAGGAUACUCAUACAGUGGUUAAUGUGAACUUGCUUUUCCAUUCAGUAUUCUCUUUAUGAAAGACAAAAUCAUUAUGUCUUAAUUAUCUACUUUAACACAGCUGCUAAUUUGGUGUGUGUGUGUGUGUGUGUGUGUGUGUGUGUGUGUGUGUGUGUGUGUGUGUGUGUUUUACAUAAAAUUGCCACCUUGCUGCUUUUACAAAGCAGUAAAUCGAAUGCACAUGGCAAGAGAAUUUGACAAGUGUCAGUAACUAGUAUUUUUAAAAUUGAAUCAAAUUGUUAUAGAAGUAAGAAUAUAUUAGAACUACACAUAUAUAUAUAAAGAAGUAAAACUAGGAAAUAUGUAAUAUUUCCCUUUUAUAUAAUAUAUUUAUAUAUAAAUACUUUAUAGAGCAGUUUGUGUUUAAAAUCCAAUAGUCACAUCAGUGACAAAUGUCAAAGAAGUGCAUUUGAAAUCAGAGACUGCAUUUCACAUUAGAGUUCUUUUUGUACAUAACAUUUGCAUACAUAUAGCUAUGUAUAUUUUGUGUGAAUUAUAGUUAAAUGAUAUUAAAAUGUGGUCAUAGAUUGUUAGGUUCAUUUUGUGGGAUGACUGUUUUGCAUGAAAAUUAUUGCUGUGAUAUUCUCACAAGUAACAGUUUUGAAAGUGGUAUCACUGGUUUGCCAGUGUUACUAAGUCUUUCAGGUUGGCAUAUUACUUUCUUUUUCCCCCCUCUCCACAGAUGCUUGUAAAUGUGGAUAUGGUCCAAUAGUUUAUGUGAUUUCUGUUGAAGUGCUGUCACAUUUUCAAUGAAGAUACUUCCUCUUUAGUGAUAUUUCAAAGUCAUCGAAGAAAGUUGUCAGGUGUUGUAUGUUGUCAGCUACUAAAAUUAAUGCUGGAAGCUGUUGUUCCUUGAAUUUGAAAUAUUAUGGCCUGUGACUCAGAUUAUCGUGUGAUGGCGUGUUCCAUGUAUUUUUGCUAUUUCAUCAUAAAAAGUUAUGGUGUGUGCUGAGGAAAGUGUAGCUGAUAGAAAUGUCACUCUUAUCUAAAAGUUGUUUUGUUUUAUUGUACAGAUUAUCUGAAUGCAGUUUUUUGUCCAUUGAAUUUGAUAUGAUGUGAAACCAAGAAGUUUUUUCAAAUGGCAGAUAGUACUUGAGGUGUAAUAAACUUGGAAAAUGUCUUUGUUUGUAAUAUAGAUCUAGGUUUUGUACACUGAUUUUUGAAACAUGAAGGCCAUCUGAUGAUACUUCAAAAGCCAAUAAAGUCUUCAACAGACAAACCAAAAUGAAAUGCUCAAACUAGUUUAAAAAUCAUAAAUCUCUGUAUCUAUUGAAAUCCAACUGCUGCAGUCUUUGCCAACACCAUGCUUUCUUUUAGACUGUGAAGUUUGGUCUUUAUCUUUUUAACCAGGUAAAAAUACUUCAUUAGCAUAAUUCACAUACUGUAAGUGUGAAACUUAACAGUUUUGCAAAAGAAAACAUUAAAAUACUUGUAUAAGAAUGGGGAAAUUGAAGUAAAUAACACCAUUUGGCUCUGAUUCAGAGAAAAUUUCAUAGCAGUUACUGCAAUUUCAGGGAGUUCUUAUAGGAAGUCCCUCACUGACUGACUUAAUUUUUUAAGUGAAUUUUGCACAUGUCACAAAAUAUGUGUUAUUGGCUAAGAUGCUGCUGUACCUUGACAUUGUUUUAGUCCCUAUUUUUCGUUUGUGAAAACAGUUACCUUUGCAUAUUCUUUAAUCACAUCAGAAACAAAAGAAACUUAGUUUAAAAUUUCAGUGCCUAUCAUUCACACAUACUGAAAUAUUUUAUGUCAGUACAUCAUUACUGCUUUUGUACAAGAAAAACACAUAUUUCUUUUUUUAUUUGUGGAGUUGUGCAGUGUUCAGUUAAAUGUAUUUUCCAUUGUUUUAAUGGAUUCAUAUUUAGUAAUUUCAAAUUAAAGCUGUGUAUCAAA